AUGGACUCACUGCCACCAAAAUUGAUCUCCAGAGUGCUGGACUACAUAAUUCCUGACGGGUGCCAUAGAAUUCACCCCGGCAUAUCCCUGGCCACAUAUGCGACCUUGAAUCGUCGCUGGCAGGCCGUUAUCGAGAGAUGCACGUUUGCCUACCUCUACAUCAACACGCCUAGUCGGUUGGAAGAAUUUCAACAGCUAGUGUCAACUCCACGCAGAAGAUCUUGCGUUCAAGUCGUUGACUUAUGCGUGCAGCUGGAACAAUACGAUGAGAAAGCGCGCGCUCGAGUGGAGACAGACGAGGAACGCCAACGAAAUAACAGGAUCUUUACCACGACUAUCAGCACGCUUUUCAGGAUAUUAUCAGACUGGCCAGAUAAUUCUGGAAUAUCUAUUGAGAUCAGCGCAUGGUCCCCUAGUGACUUUCUCGUCUUUAAAGAGAGGAAGAGGCGGAAACGAGUGACCGGUUCACGGGUGGACGAUCUUUUCAAGAAGAGAUAUGAGAGAUCAUACCUUGAAUUCCCCAGAGAAACCGCCGAUGCAGAGUGUCCACGCAUACCGACAGUAAGGAAACUUUCUAUCCAAGGCAUCGCAAAUGCGUGGGUCAUCGAACCGGCGUCGAGUGUGUAUAUUACGAUGAAGCUGCCACGGUUGAACCGGUUGGACCUGGCGUUGACGGAUGAUUGUAAGUGGGAUAAACAGUUAAGACAACGUCUUCGAAAUGGUAAGCUAGAUUAUAUCGGGAAACAAUGUCGCCAAUACCUAUUAACUUCCUUUCGAGACUUUGCUCGUAAACUUCAUCUCUCGCCUGCCAGUGUGCGGCAUUUCGAGCUAGCAUAUUCUUAUAUGCCCCCGAGGGACCAGAACUACUAUCCGCCCGAUGUGACUGAAGGUGGAACGGACCUGUUACGUUCAUACUUGCGGGAUUUCUCUCAACGAUUGGAGGUUCUGCGGACCAAUGGUCCUGUGGUGUUGGGUCCGGAACUCUUCUUGCCGUCGAAUCUGCAGGUCGACAAUCUUGUGAACCUCCCUUUCUGGCCAAAUUUGAUCGAUGUGUCCGUGGAAUAUGCGGGAGUAACACCGUGUGGAGAGUGGCUCCUUGACCGGGAUCCCGAAGAAGACGAAGAUGAAGAUGAAGAGCUGACUAUGGAUGAUAUCUUUGGAGACGAGGAGCAGACUUAUCCCGAAUACGUACGGAUCCCUCUGGAGGAUUGCAAAUCAAGCUAUUUCCGAACGAGGAUCAUCGCAGGACAUGUUGACAGACUCUAUGAGCGAUUUCUCGUUCCACGCAUGCCGUUGAACAGAAACGAACAAGCUGACAGCCUAGUAUCUCGUCAUUGA